AUGGACGCUUCGGGCAUCGCCCAAACUUUAUCAGCUCCACAGUAUCCGUCAUCACGAGCAAACAUUACCCUCAAUGUUCUUGAGGCCCGGCGGAAACUCGAAGCUGAGGCUCAAGCCGAGCUUGAUAACCUUGGCAAGUUGACGAACAAAGGCCGUCAAUUCCUCGAUAUUACCACGAUCAAGCAGGCUCUAGUGCUCCGUGACCGCGGUGUGGCCACUUCAGAUAUUGAAUCCCAAUUAGGACUGCGUCCCGGCGUUGUGGCAAAAUUAGGACCCAAAGGGCUCGUAUCUCCUGCAUCAUGA